CGACACACAACCAACACACUCUGCCCACUCAGCACCAAGUCUACUGCACGGCCCAAGCACAAGACAUAGCAAUGGCAGGGACAACAUUCAUCCCAGAGAGUGGCAUGACCACAGACAACAACCUCAAUGCACAGGCAAACGCAGCGCCCAAGGCGAACGAGCCCAGGAAUCACUCCGCCUGCUGCUGUCAAGGAAGCAGACAGGGUUGUUGAAGAGUUCCAAGCACUCGGCAGCAAGAUCGAGGGAGACCACCCCAUCGGACGCUACCACAGCUUCUUCUAUGACAUGCUGACGUGGAAGUACCCACGCGCUUCCGGCCUCAUCCUGGCUACCCUCCUGACGACCCUCAUUGUCAGCAAGUCUGUCAACCUCCCUAAGCUCGCCUUCCGUGCGCUUUGGGUUGUGCUGGCAUCCACCACGAGCCUCGAGCUUGCUGGACAAUUCGUCUUUCGCAGCAAUGAAGGCCUCGUUGCCAAGUUUGCCCCCAAACAACUCAUCACCCUCGAUCGCGCCCGUGUCGAUCCAGUCUUUGAUGAGCUCUUCUCCCUCACAAACUUCUUCCUGACUGAGGCUCAGCGAUUGUUGUUUGUCAAGAAUGCAAAGCACACAACGGUUGCUUUUGUGUUAUCGUUUGUUGCAUACAACUUGAUCAAGUUCUUGCCCUUGUCUGCCCUCAUUGGCAUUGCUAUCCUCUUGGCAUUCAGCAUGCCACCGGUGUACCUUCGUCACAGACAAGUGAUUGAUGCACAACUUGCAAAAGCACAGGAAGUUUCUACGCAGCACUACGAACAAGUCAAGUCUGCUGCAUCGAAGCAAGCUGGUGUCGCCUCUGACCGUGCGCGCUCCGUGGCAAUUGAUUUGGGGAAUAAGGUGGGUGUCAAUGUUCACCAGUAUAUCGGUGGACCUGGACCCGUGAUGUCUGAGUCUGUGCACGCUGAGCUUGCUAAGCAGCCCAAGGAAGCAAGCAAGAAGCAGAGUCCUUCGGAGAACAAGAUGACAACGGCACCAACUGAGGCUAUUUCUGCUUUCACGAGUAAAGUGCCCGAGUCUGCUCCUUCUGUUGGUGGUGCCGAUGCUGCCCCGAUUCCAAAGACCACCGUUUCGCCACCUGUUGAGGAGCACGUCAAGGACUCGGCUUCGCACGAUGACUAUGUGAAGCCUGCUGAGAGUGUGCAGAACAAGGAUGCCAUCCCUAUCUGAGAACACGGAGACAUUGAGAGAGAUACUGAGACCAGAGACUGAGAUUGCGAUUGAGAGGGGAGUGCAGAUGUGAUGAGAUGAGAUGAUGCUGAUACGUGGCCAUGUCCCCCAUAAGUACUUGUUAUAGACCGAUUUUUGAACUGCUU